ACGAAAGGCAAAUGAACUUGAAACUCGUCCCCAACCAAAAAGACCAAGAUACUAUUCACCGAAUUGUUCUGAGGAUGAUGCUGACUCAGAGAUAGCACCCAUUUCUCUUACACAUGUCUUUCGUGAAAUUUUUGAAAACUCUGUAAAAAGUCAAGACAAUAUAGUUGAAACCGAAUCUGUCACAUAUCUGGGAAAGGCAGUGGAAUUGGAACCCAAUAACCUGGAGUUGGAACCUAAGAAUCUUGACGAUGCAGCGGAAUUAGGGUUUAUUCUGAGUGAAAAUGUCGAGUUAGAACCUGAGGAUCUAGACCAUACAGCCGAAUUAGAAAAUAAGGACCCAGAUGCAACUAAAUUAGAUACCUCUUUGACAUUAACAAAGGAGGUAGAUGUUAAAAAAAGAAAACAAAAACAAUACAUUACUCAUGAUCUCGCAAAAGACGUUCUUGAUGCAUAUCAAACGUGUGUCUUGCCUGGUGAAAAGUUAGUCUACGAUGGCGUAAAUGUACUGGAUGUUGUUUAUUCAACAAACGAAAUUAAAAAAUGUUCACUUUCCAUUGGCGUCAUGAACCUUUACGAUAUUAAAUGUACCAAAUGCUUACCUGAUGGCUUCAAAAAAAACAUUGCAGAACAAAUGCAAGACCCCGAACUAACGUUCGUUGACUUUUCUAGUGGAAAAACGAUUGACAAGCUUUACGUUAAUUGUGAGAAAGAAGUGUCACAAUAUUUAGAUAAUUUCAACAAUGUAACUGAUGUAGAAUCUUUAGGGGAAUGUUUGGUUAAAAAUUCAUUCAGUUGCUCCCCCGUAUCAAACGAUAUGUUAUAUGUUCAUAACCUUUUGUGGCAUUUUUAUUUUUUAUACAAAAAUAACACAUUGAACCAACAUAUGUCUGAAUAUGAAUUUAACGCCUAUAUUUGGACUCCUCUAUUGAGAAAUGCGUUUUUGGAUGAAAAGGAUAUUAAAAUGAGCUACGGUGAAUUGGCCUCGAGGUUGCAAGACAUUGAGAUACCAAGGACUGUAGAAGGUUUUUCUAAAAUUAUUAAGGCGAUAAAAAUUAUCUUAUCGUAG